AUGAGGGGAUGGUGCUGCCCUGUUGGUGCUGCCCUCUUGCUCCGGUGCUGCGGUUCGGUGACGGAGCGGCUCCGGUGCUGUGGUUCUGCGGUGUUGCCCUGUUUCAGUUUCGCGAUUAUUGACCACCGUGGAGCUGCGGCGGGUUUUGGACGAGGUGCGGCUCAGCGGGAAGGGGUCGGGUGCGGCUCCGGCGGCUUGCGGCUUCUAGUCGGAGUGGCUAGGGCUGAUACUUCGGCUCGGCUCCCACUCCUGGUUCUCUGCGCGGGGUCCUUGGUUUGCUUGCCGAUCGGUUUCGAGUUGCUAGUGGGUACACUAAAGGAGAGAAACUGUAUUAUGGCUUAUGGCAGUAGAAAUGUUUACAAGCACAAUGACGAGGGUGUCAUGAAAAUUCUUUCUAAGAUGGAUCCUGGAAACUAUUUUGUUCAAGUAUAUGUUGAUUCUGUUUCCAUAAAUGAAAAGGGGGUAUGUCAUGAGAAUGAAAGUAGAGGUGAUGAUAAGCAAAAAGGGAUAGCAGUAGAGGCAGAUAUGCAACAUAAAUGUGAUGAUAAUGGCUAUGAGGAUAGCAUAGAUGACGAGUAUAUUCCAGAAGAAGAAAGUUCUGAAUCAGAUGGACUUGAUGGAUUGAUAAUAUCAUGA